AUGCCUAAGUUUACCUACUGUUAUGGUAAUAAUCAUCUAGUAUCUUUAAAUUCAUGUGAUUCUGGAUACAAUAGUGAUAACGAAGACAACAUAAUUGAUAAUUGUAGCUAUUCCAUAUACACCAUUGUUACCAGACUAGAAUUGAUGCUUAUUCAUAGAGAAAUGAUUAAGAAGGAGGAAAUGAAGAAUAAUUUAAAUAACAAAAAAUCUGAAAAACAAUAA